AUUAACUUAUAUAGUUAGGAUAGCAGGUAGUCAGUAAAACUCAGUGAAAUUAUAGAAAAAUAAUUCAAGAUGGCGGACUGUACUAAAGCUGAUAAUGAAUUAAAGAUGAAAGCUAAGAAAGAAAUGAUGAACACUAAGGAUCCAGUUGAAAGAUGUAAAUUAGCUUUACUAGCUAGAGGUACUGCUGGUAUUAAAAAUAUGUCCAGAUGGUUUAGAAUUAUGGAUGAUGAUGGUAAUAAACAGUUAAAUAAAGAAGAAUUUGUAACAGGAAUGAAAGAUUUUGGUGUAUCUUUAAAUAAAGAAGAACUAGAGUUAGUUUACGAUGCUUUCGAUGCUGAUGAUAGUGGUAGUAUUAAUGUCACAGAAUUCUUACAACAGAUGCAGCCCAAGAUGUCGGAUGCCAGGAUGAAACUAGUGAGAGAGGCCUUCAAUAAAUUUGAUAAAUCAGGAGAUAAAAAGAUAGAUGUAGCCGACCUCAAUGAAAUCGAUGUUAAAGAUCAUCCGAAAUAUAAAAAUGGCGAAUGGACCAGGAAACAAUGCCUCAAUGAAUUUUUGAAAACUUUUGACAGUAAAGUUCACGACGAAGACAGAACGGUAACAGACACUGAGUUUAUAGCCUACUAUUCUGCUAUCAGUUGUGGUAUAGAUUCUGAUGCCUAUUUUGAUCUAAUGAUGAGACAAGCCUGGGAUCUAUAAAGUUUUAACCAAUCAAACCAACAGUCUAGAAUACUAUUAUUAUUUAUAGUCUAGAGGUAGCAGGAAAACAUCUCAGUAAUUCUGUAAAUAUCUCAUUAUCUUUCGUGUGUAAAUACAGCUGUUGGUUCUCGACCGGUGUUUUCGGUGAUAACAGCUUUAAUUCUCUGACUCAUUUCCUACUGUAGUUUUAGUCUUCAUCUUUAAAUGGCUUGUGAUAGCUGAGUUUAAUUCUGAUAAAUUGUUAAAUUUGAUGGUAAAUAUGGAAAUACUCGAUAAUAUAUAGGAAAUAAAGUAAAUUAAUUAAUUAUAGAUAUUAUUACAAUGGUAAAAAUUCACUGAUAUUUAUGGAUAAAAACUCUCUAAUUAUAGAAAUAGUAAAAUUAUGGAAGUUAAAAUAUAAAGUGUGUGAAAUUUCAUGGAAUUAUUUGGAAACACGUGGAACUUGACUUGUAGUUUAUGAAAUUUAUGGAAUAUAAUUUUGAAAAAAGUGUUUUUACAAGAUGGACUUUCAAGUGAUUAAGUAACAAAAUCAGUGAUUAUUCUGUUGUCCAGUGAUUAUUCUGUUAUCCAGUGAUAAAGUCUGUAUUAUCAAAGUUUUAACAAUUGGAUUAUAUUAAUAUAAUAACAGUAAAACAGGCUUCUUUCAAAUUUAACAUCAGUUGUGUUUUUAUUUAAUAUUUAAGAUUUUUAAUAUCUUUUGCUAUUUUUUUUUUUAUUCAAAUUUAUAAUUUUGUGACACAUUUUAGUAUUUAGUGUAUUUCUUUUUAUGUUAUUUCAUGUUUCAUAGUUUUAGUCGUGAAUUUUUAACUUAUCUCCCCUUCUUAUAGUUAUUGAAAUAAUAAUAUUUUACACACAAAAUACAGUUUAGAUUCAAUUUUACUUUUAAAGUAAGAGUAUUUCUUCAGGGGAGGGAUGUCAUUAAUUCUCACCAUUCCAAUUUCCAAUCAGACGUCUGUGGUUCCUGCAAUUUCACAGUCUGCUAAACCUAAGCAUUGUAUGACGUCACUAACGCAAAGGAUCUAAGGUAUUAUUAACAGUUUUUGCAAUAGUGACUUCCUAAACGCAUAGACUAGGAAGAUAAGAGAUGGAAUGAUGUAAAUUGAUGCUAUCAAUGUCCCUGAUACACAUAAAGGAAAAACCUCUUUACAAUCCCUUUAAUUCCUUAUUCUUGUAUUAUUCCCAGCCCCGUUAUUCAUGAUUUAUUGUAAUUUCUGUAUUUUUUAUAAUUUCAAUAAAUUUAUGUUAUCUUGUUU